AUGAAGAUAUCCACAAAACCCAUAUCGAGUCCUGGUCGGACUGAGAAGUUCCCGCCGCCAUUGAUGAGGUUUCUGAGGACCAAUGUGGGAAGCAAAAGCAGGGGCAGGUCACGUUCUAGCCCAAUGUUUGUUCGGAAAAGGAACGCAGCCAUUGAAACCCAAGAACCUUCUUCACCCAAAGUUACAUGCAUGGGCCAAGUCAGGGUCAGGCGCACCUCCAAACAGGCUGCCACCGCCAGACCCGGUCGGGCCAGCGGGGCCCGAACACCGAGGAAACGCCGGUGCAAAUGGCUCAGAAAUGCCCUGUUCUGCCACCAUUUUGCCCGGAAGAUCAAGCCCAAGUCGUGCCGACCAGCUUGGCACAAGUGCGUCUCGUUCUUCAAAGCAGGUUUCCGAAGAAAAACCGAAAGUCGAGAAGACUCGUCGAAGGUUGAACAAAAAAUUGGGAAUAAAAGCGAGUCUUCGGAGCAAGAGGAUGAAGAAGAGGAAGAAGAUGAGAAAGAAGUAGCUAAGGUCUUUGUGUCUAGUUCUUCUUCACCGCCAAAGAACGCUUUGUUAUUGACUCGGUGUAGAUCUGCUCCGUACAGAUCAUCAUCUUUAGCGUGGAGAUUCUGGGGUUCACCGCUGAGGACGGAAGAAACAGAACAGAGUGUAGAGCAGGAAAACACAGAGGAACAGACGGAGACUGAGGAACCCCCAGCGGAAAGAGAGUCAAUCUCUGAUGACGAAUCCGGAAUAGGUCCUGAAAUGGAGGGAAAGUUGGAGUUUUUCAAAGAAUUUGAAGGUGCAAUUAGAGAAGGAUUCAUCAAAUCUGUUUGUGUUGAAGAACUGAAAGCAGGGGAAGCAGCAGACUGUGUACGACCUCUGAUACUCACAAGAUGUAAAUCAGAACCGGCAAGAACCGCAGAGAAGCUGUAUUCAGAAAUGAAUUUCUGGGAAAACAGAAGGUUGGGUUUCGCCGAUUCAAGCUCACCACAUGUUUUGUGA